GACUUGUCAAAAGGGAAAAUAUCAAAAGAUGUCACCCCCUUCAGGAGUUACAGGAACCUGUAAUUAAUCCGUUUUGUCGCGCGCCAAAACAGUUUGUGCUUGAAUUGAUAUUAUCAAAAUGUCCAAAAAAUAUUGCUCUGUGCCUGCUUGUGGGGUAAUCAAGGAUCCUAGAGACCACAAAAUAAUGCAGAUUCCCUUCAAACACUGUGAACAAAAGGUUGUGGUGCAAAAAGGUUUUUAAUGCUACAAGUAGGUACCCCAACAUGAAUCUUUUACCUAAGGGAAUGUAUAGCCAUUAAAACCAUUUCAGGUGAUAAUAUUGCCAAUAAUUUAUACAUUUGUGGUAAAAGAUUCAUGUUGGGGUACCUACUUGUAGCAUUAAAAACCUUUUUGCACCACAACCUUUUGUUCACAGUGUUUGAAGGGAAUCUGUGCAUUAUUUUGUGGUCUCUAGGAUCCUUGAUUACUACACAAGCAGGCACAGAGCAAUAUUUUUUGGACAUUUUGAUAAUAUCAAUUCAAGCACAAACUGUUUUGGCGCGUAACAAAACGAAUUAAUUACAGGUUCCUGUAACUCCCGAAGGGGGUGACAUCUUUUGAUAUUUUCCCUUUUGACAAGUCGGACGAUUGUAACCAAUUGGAGAGACUUUAAUAGUGAAUCAACGAAGACGACGGUAUUAAUUAAGGCGUAGAUUAAGUGUACAGUAGGUUAAGUAGGAAGUAGGUCAAUAGUAAGAUGUCAUGGAAUGCGACUGCGCAUAGCGUAGGUACUGAGGUUUCUUGGAAGGACUCGUUCUCUUUGAGACCGACAGUCGAGUAGGUGAGACAUAAACUUGUAAGCAGUUUAAUAAACGCAAAUCAGCACGUGCUCGUUUUGUUAAUACUUAUCACUGGCGACGAGGAUUAAAAAGAAGAACAACGAAGAUGAUUGGUUCGAUACAAAAUUUCAAUCCACGUGUGGACAGCUGGAUUUUAUACCAAGAACAGCUCGAGCAAUACUUCGAAAUAAACGACAUCAAGGACACGGAAGCAUCUAAGAAGCGAGUAGCGGCGUUGAUCAGUUUAAUUGGCCAAGAUACUUACAAGAUACUCAGAGACCUGUGCACACCAAAAGCCCCUAAAGACAAGACGUACGAAGAGCUCUGCAACCACUUGAAGAAGCAUUUUUCUCCGACCACGUGCGUUUUCAGAGAGAGGUUAGAAUUCUACGACGCGAAGCAGUUGGAAGAAGAGACCGUGAACGAUUGGCACGUGCGAAUACACAAUCUCUCAACGAAUUGCGACUUCGGUGCGGACCUGGGGAACGUCCUCAAAGACAAAUUCGUGUGCGGUAUGCGAAAGGGCCCAAUUCGAGACCGACUGUGCGAGGAAAAGCCGAGCAAAUCACUAGAAAAUCUCUUGGAAAUCGCACUAGCGAGAGAAACCACCAUCAAGGCUGACAAGGACAUUGAGAACAUAGCUCGUAGCUGCAUUCCAUGCAAUAAAGUCGCAAGGGAACCUCAGAAAGCGAUCCCAAUUCCGUGGAAUAGACCAACGCGUCCGUGGCAAAGAGUGCACAUCGAUUUCCUUGGACCGAUUAAUAACAGCCACUACCUCAUUAUGUUGGAUGCUUAUAGUAAAUGGCCUGAAAUUUUUAAAAUGAACUCAAUCACGUCCGCUGCAACAAUUAGCAAAAUCAGGGAAACAUGUGCAAGAUGGGGAAUUCCAGAGACUUUGGUGUCAGACAACGGCACACAGCUCACAUCAGAGGAAUUUUCAAUUUUCUUAAAAAGAAAUGGAAUAAGGCACGUUACCGGACCGCCGUACAAACCAGAGACAAAUGGAACAGCAGAAAAUGCAGUAAAGAGUUUUAAGAAAGGCUUCAAGGCAGCGCUUUUAGACCAAAGAAACCGACACGUUUCGACAGACACUCUUGUCAGCAGGUAUUUAUUCUGGUAUAGAAAUUCCACGCACUGUCAAACGAAUGAAACGCCAGCGAAAUUGAUGCUGGGUAGACAUCUCCACACGACGCUCAACUUAAUGAGACCUGACACAAACCGAGACACGGAAAGGCAAUGUAACCAUAAAGGUCGAGAUUCACCAACAUUUGAGAAGGGAAGUAUAGUUUGGAUUCGGGAUUAUCGGAAGCCUAAUACCAAAACUUGGCAGGAAGCAAAGGUCAUCGACAUACUGGGACCACGAAACUACACGUGCGAGUUACCAGAUGGACAAAAAUGGAGGAGACACGUUGACCAAAUGAGAAAAAGAAUUGAAGCACCAAGCACUGAGGACAGCAAGUCAGAGACAGUACAACCAGCGAAUACAAACCAAGAAGUACCACAAAGGAAGAUGCCUGGGGAACCAACAAUGCCGUCAGCCACACCGCCACCACCAGAACAAACACCAUCUCUCGAACCGCGACCCAAUCCUAUUCCAGUCAUUCCGGUACGCGAUAGACCAAAGCGUUCUUGUAACAUCCCAGCACGUUACAAAGAUUAGGAAUUAAUAUUAGGCGCAUUCGGGUUUUUUUUUUUUUUAAAUGUACUAAUCUUAAAUGGGGGGAUAUGUAAUGUAUUAAUUAAGGCGUAGAUUAAGUGUACAGUAGGUUAAGUAGGAAAUAGGUCAAUAGUAAGAUGUCAUGGAAUGCGACUGCGCAUAGCGUAGGUACUGAGGUUUCUUGGAAGGACUCGUUCUCUUUGAGACCGACAGUCGAGUAGGUAAGACAUAAACUUGUAAGCAGUUUAAUAAACGCAAAUCAACACGUGCUCGUUUUGUUAAUACUUAUCAGUGGUGCAGCGCAACUUUAUAAUGCUAAUUUGGGUAUCAAAAUUUCAAUGGAAAGUUCGACAAAACUGCGUUUGUUGAUUCCGUCACCCCUAGCAACCACCAUUUGAUACCCAAGUUAGCAUUAUAAAGUUGCGCUGCACCAGUGACUUGCGCCACCAACUUGGAAUUGGCCCCUUAGUCUCGCGCCUUUGAUCUUUCUAACCCGAAUUUUAAUACGUCAUCGGUGGUCGUAGCCUACACUAUUUCUAGAUGUCGCCUCUCAAUUUAAAAAGUAUCACAAACGCUUCAUUUGAAAAUUUUAAAAUUGAGUCGUGUACAUAAUUUACUACACUUUGUGCAAAUGAAUUUUUGGAAAAAAUUAAAAAUAGUGUAAUAACAAUAACAUUUUGUAAUUAAUUGAUCUUAGAAACCACACAGUUAUUAUAAUAAAUAAUGAAUUAAGCACCCUAUAACAGAGGAUGUAGUCUUGAAAUUCAGAUUUGGCCCCGCUUCUGUGAUUACGAUUCUACGUUUCCUUAAUUUCUUUUCCAUGUCUUGAUGGUUGUAAAAUUCAACGUUAUUAAAAAACGCUAAUAUAAAUUUAAUUUUUUACAAAAAAAAAAUAAACAAACAAUGGUCCCAUCAAAACAUGAACAAUGUUUUUUAAAAUGUUUCUGUGAAAAUUACACUUAACUGCAAUAAUUACACCGGAUAUUUUACAUUAAAUACACUAGAUAACCAAAAUACCGCAGUUCAGUGUUUGAAUGUGUAAGAAAGAGAAGUACCUCGCGUUGCGCGCCCUCAUCCGGUCACAAGACAAACGACCACCCACGAAAACGGGUCAGUAAAAAUAGCGAGUUGUCCCUACUGAAUGAUCUCUACACUGUGCUGUCGGUCUUAUAAAAGAGACCGACCACCAACGGAAGCAGUCGUCAUUCGCCGGGAGACAGUCUGAACAGUCUUCAAAGUACGCAAGUAGUAACCUAUUAUGUUAGAUACUUUUAAUUCCUUUAGUUUUGCACCACUUUUCAAGCUUUGCGUAGUUUUCCUUGUAACGCCUCAUUGAUUUGUCUGGAAGAACCAAGGCACCACGUUUUUUUGCUGUUUCUUCCACAUCCCAUUGAAUAUUAUCAGUGUCGGUAUCACUCACACUACCCAUUACUACGUUGUUCUUGAAAAUUGUUCCAGAUUUGUUAAAAACUUGCUUUUUUGGAUGAUUUAUGAAAUUGUUUGAAAAUACAAACUACAGAAACGCGCACCUGCAUGUUUGAACGUCGCAAAUUAAAACUUUGUAUUUUUUCUUUGCAUCUUAGAGAUUAGAAUCUCUGCUUAAAUGGGCAGUAUUAUAAACGUUUUAUUCCCUAGAUAAAUUAACUUUCAGAAUAAAAUCAGUUGUUUCGUACAGAUUUAUAUAGGAAACAAAUGAAUUUAUUUGUAGAAUAAAUGUAUCUACUGAAUUAAAUUACCUUUAUAAUCCUGGCCAUAAUAAAAACAAACAUUUGCAAGUAAAGUUUUAUUAAACAAUCAUAAUAUA